AUGGAGAGCAUUCUCCUUCUAGUGAAUAGCAUUAAUGAUUUGUGGAAGUUUCCCAGCUCUAUGUCCAUGAUAGUGGACAUGAGCUUUGCCUUUUUGUGUGGGGUGGGUCUCUUUUACCUACUCAUCCCAUUCUCGAAGGAUUAUCCAGAGUCACCACCAUCUGAGAGAGAAAGGAACAUCCCAAAGGUUUUGAAGAGGGGGCAUAGCAAGCCCAGGAAGAAAACUACUACUGCAAAAUGCUUCAGAAACAGCCAAAGGAAUGUUCAGGUUACCCAGAAUGCAUCUGGACCUAUGGAAAGGCCUAUCCAGCAUCCUUUACUGCACUCCUCUCUGGGACCCUUUUGGUACUCUAAAGAGAAACUGAAUCAGCUUUCCCUCCCUCAGCUGUUUUCUUACCUCAAGGUCUUAGAAGUUCUUAUUCAGCAGAAAUUUAACCAAAUUAUAUGGGGCAUAUCCACUGUGCUCUCUGAGUCAGUUGUGGCUACUGCCUGGGUCUCCAAGAAAUCCUCAGGAGGACGAAAAUCUGUGAGGUUUAGUGAACCAAGUGACUCCACUGAAGAUUUAUCUCUGACUCAAGAACCUCCAAAACUUUGCCAGGACCAGUCAUUGCCGAACCAACGUGUGACACCACGCUUGGUAGGUGUGACAGGGGUCCAAGAACUCAAAAACCUCCCAAGCUCUGUAACAAACCAAACACCUUCUUCAUUCCAGAGAAGGGCCCGUAGAAGAACAUGUCCCACAACUGAGGUAGGAAUACAGGUAUCCCUUCCAAAUGUAAAUGAGCUCUGUCAACAGGAACUACAUUGGAACGACAUUGCAGACUGUAAUGUCCAAAAAUCUCAAACAGACAUUAGCCAGCCCAAUGACAACAUGUUCAGAGGCACCCUGCCCACUAAAACUAUCAGGUCAGCCUCCAUCCUUCCUGAGCAUUAUCAAAUGGUCUACCAUCAUGAGGAGCCACAGCAUGAAGGGAAGGCAAUUAAUGGGGGAGAACAACAAGGAGCCCAUGUCAGAGUCUUCCCAUCUAGUGAACUGACAGAGCUUCAGGGAGAUUCCCAACCAAACAGUGAUGGUUAUUGCAAGAACCUGCCUGAACUCAACCAGCCUGCCCAGCCAUCUAUGCUCAUCUCCAAAAGUUACGAGUGCAGCCAGAUGGCAGGAUCCAUGCCCACAGUAGUUCCCUUAAAGAAGGCUAUAGCUAAGUCUGAUAUUCUUAAAAAGAGUCUCAGGGUUGGGGCCAAAGAUCUGCUUUGCACUUCAGGCAGCACCUCUGGGAAGGGUCUGGAACCCAGGAACCCUGCUCUGAAGACGGAUGAGCUGCUCUCUAUAAAUACUAGCCAGGACCUCUCCUUCCUUGAUCCAAAUACUAAAAUGAAGCUGGAAUCAAACAUCACACACCAUUUUGUGAUUCACAAAGGGAGAUUACCAUGUGCUUCCAAGGCUGAAUACUACUCCAAGGCUGCCAUGAUACUAGAAAAAUUGCAUCACCAAGAUCCAGGAGGGAUAAAGGUAGAAACUGUAUCAUCUGGCAGGCUGCGAAAUCCUCUGUUUGAACACUCAUCUUCAGAAGUUAAGGAAACCCAAAGAGCCCCUCCAUCUGCUGCCAGCCAUGAGCUCUCAAGGUACCAUCCAUAUCAACUGCAGAGAAGCCACAGUGUUCAGCCUCGUGCUUUCUUCUUCCCAGUAAAACCAAAGGAGAGCAGGACUAUUCGAGGAACUGGAAAAGGCAUCCUGCAAUCAUAUACUGGCCCAGGAAUGGCCAAGUAUGUACCCUGGAAUCAGUCUGAGGAUGUGGCCUCAGAACAUCCAUGUUUUAGUGUAACAACUGUGGGCCCUGAAGACAAGGUCCUACCUUCAGUGGCCAAACAAACCUACACAUUGGACGUAAAAGAAGAACCACCUUAUGUAUGGAGGGUGAGUCUGGGAAUCAAUGAGAUUCCCAAUGGACAAGCCACUGAUAUCACUCUCAAGGGCUUUGAGUCUGCAGAGGCCAAAAGAAGCCAAGGCCAUCUCCAAACAUCUAACCCUCAAAACUCAGGGGACUUGGCUCUAAAAAUAAAAGAAUAUAAUAAUAUUGACUUAAAAUCAAAUGAGCAGCCACAGUCCUGGCCUAUGAGUCAUCAUCCACAUGGCCCCAAUACAGUUCACACUGCCAUGGUCAGCUUGCCUUCACAAAACUCACUGCCUAACUUCCAGAAUGGAUGCCAAAACCCCAUGACUUCACAAGAUUUAGGUGAUCUCAUGAGUGUGGAUAAUUGGGAGUUCAGAGACCACAGAGAUAAGAUCGAAGCAAAGAAUGACAAUAUAUUUCAUCCCCCUGAAGUAACACCUAUUUUGAAAUCUGACAUAAGCCAGGGAGAAAUGCUUGAGAAAGUAAGGCCUUCGAUCCCAAGCUCCACUAAGCUCGAGGAUACAGCCAAGACUGAGAGUCAGUACUCCCUUAAUGUAAUAGGAAAAAGAAACACUCCUUCUAAAAGCUCCUUGAAAACUAUCUCAUGGAAUGCUGCACAAAAUGAAGACCUGUGCACAAAAUACAAGGGGCAGGGGGAUUCUUUGAGGAAUGAAAGCCCCCCACAAGUUACUGAGCUACAGGAGGUAGUAGAUAGAGAAAAUCUCAUCUAUAAUACAGCAGUUGAACUACAAUCCCUCAUCAAUGUUCUGCUCCAGAACCUGGAAAAUAAUCCAGAUGACCCACCAAAAACCACCAGAAAUCGGUUGACCAAGGUACAAGAAUAUAAUGUAGAUUCAUCGAGAUUCCAGCUGGGUGAUUCCACCUACUCUUCUGAGGGAUCCUAUGAUCCAAACCAUAGCAGACCAGCAAGAGUAAGGAGUGGCCACGCCAGCCCUGAAGAGCACAAUCACUCUAUCGCAGUCAGAAUUGGAGACAAAGCACAGUCAGGCGUUCAUCCCCAGAGUGUCUGUGACCAACAUCUGAACAAAGCAAAGAGAGGAAUGGGCUUUGAUCAGUACUCCACUCCCAUGAGAAAUGACCAUCCAAGUUGUUACGGGAGAGUUGGAGACAAGCAGGAGUCAGGACUUGCUGAACAGAGAGCUGGUGAUGCAGGUCAAAGUGGAACAGAAACUGAAAUGGGAAGCUCUUCACAUGGAAGCCCCAAGGCGCACAACUGUUCAUUCAAAUACACAGAAAUUAGAGACAAACAUGAGCCAAGUGUUGACCAUAAAGAUUUUGACCCGCAUAAAAAUAUAAAGAAAGGAGUAGGCCAUGGUCAACUUACGAGUCCCAGAGAGGACAUCAAGGACAGAGGAAUUGGAGGCCAGGAGCAGUCGUCUGGUACUGCCCAGGAAGCUUCUGACCCAGAUGAAAUUAGAAUAAAGAGUGGAAAGGAACGUUCUCCACAUAGAAGCCCCAAGAUGCGUAAACAUUCACAAAGAUACAGAGAAAUUAGAGACAAAUCACAUCCCAUUGUUAAUUCCCAAAAAGUCUGUGACCAACAUUCCAAAAGCCUGAAGAAAAGAAUGGCCUUUGAAAGCCUCCUCACUCCCAAGGGAUACAACUAUUCAUGUUGGCACAGGGUAACUGGAGACAAACAGCAGUUAGGGCUUGCUGACCAGAGAGCCUGUGACUCAGAUCAAAGUACAAGAAGUGAAAUGGGCCCCUAUCCACAUAGGAGUCCCAAGUGGCACAGACACAGAGAAAUUGGAGAAAAAACACUGUCGUAUGUUAAUGCCCAGAGAACCCGUGACCAACUUUCAAGCAGUGUGAAGAGAAGAGGCUUUGGCCACCUCCCCAUUUGCAAGGGGAACAAUCAUACACACAGUUACAGAGUAAUUGAAAACAGGCAGCAGUCAGAUAUUGCUGACCAGAGAGCCUAUGAUCCAGGUCAAAUUAAAAAGAGUAGAAUAGCUGGCUAUCAACAUAAAUGCCCUGAGGGGUACAACUUUUUAUUGAGAUAUGGAAUACUUGAAAACUAUCAAGAGCCAGACAUUGACCUUAGAGCCUGUGACCCACAUAAAAAUACAAAAGAAGGAAUGAGACGUGGUCAACCUAUGAGUCCUAAAGUGAUCCAUUCAGUUAAGGACAGGAGAUCUGGAAGCCAGGACCAGUCAGGUGUUGUUGCCCAGGGAGCCUCUGACCAGAGGCAGACCUUACCAGUAGUGGCCAACAUGUAG